UUGAGUGCCGUUAACAGACGUGGACGCGUUUCUUUAGAACGUUGCAGCGCUUUAACGGCUUGUAAUUCAAAACAAAGAGUUGUAACUAUUCUUAAUCCUGUGAAAGUCCUCAAAGUGCAAACGAAUGUGGAUUACUUCUGCCCAGAGAUAAACAUUUAAAAAGGAUUAAAUUAUAAACGGCUACAAUAUGGCGGAUGAUAACGGAGGCAAGCCAGCAAAUGGCAAUGUUUCCGAGAAUGCGCCUGCCGAUGCAAUUGAAACUGACACCCCAGUUGCCACCAAAUCGAAUGAGAUUGAAGAUAAGCCAACUAGCGAAAAGGCAAGAGAUUUUGUGUCAGCCAUUACACCAAGCAAACUUAGUGAUGAACCAGUAAAUAAUGGAGAAGUUGAAGCAACAAAUGUUUCCGAGGCUGAAGGACAAGUAAAGAAAUUGCCCUAUCCCAAAUCGGUAUUCUUCAUCAUCAGUAAUGAAUUCUGUGAACGUUUCAACUACUAUGGCAUGAGAACAAUUUUGGUUUUAUAUCUAAGUCGUCAAUUGGAUUAUAGCGAUGAUACGGCCACUGUGAUCUUCCACAUCUUCACCAUGUUUGUAUAUUUCCUGUGUAUUUUGGGUGCCAUUAUUUCGGACAGUUGGCUGGGCAAAUUCAAGACAAUUCUAUAUCUCUCUUUGGUCUAUGUAUGCGGUUCUGUUUUGAUUACAUUGGGUGCUAUACCUCCGUUGAAUUUGCCGGCCACAACGUUUACCAUGUUAGGUCUGUCACUGAUAGCAUUGGGUUCAGGUGGUAUAAAACCUUGUGUUUCGGCCUUUGGUGGUGAUCAAUUCAAGAUGCCGGAACAAAUCAAGCAAAUGACCACGUUCUUUUCGCUGUUCUAUUUCUCCAUCAAUGCGGGUUCAUUGAUUUCGACAACAGUAACACCGAUCUUGCGUGAAGAUGUGGCUUGUUUUGGUGAAAAGGAAUGUUAUUCUCUGGCCUUUGGUGUGCCAGCUGUAUUGAUGGCAGUUUCGAUUGUGAUUUUCGUUUUGGGUCGUCCUUUGUACAAGAGCAAACCUCCAGCAGGCAAUAUGGUGGUGUUGGUCAGCAAAACAAUUGGUAAUGCCAUUUCCACCAAAUGGAAGGAGAAGAAAACCAAUCCCCGUGAACAUUGGUUGGACUAUGCCGAUAAGAAAUAUGACCGUCAAUUGAUUGAGGAUGUCAAAGUGUUGAUGCGUGUUUUGGUCUUGUAUCUGCCACUGCCUAUUUUCUGGGCUUUGUUCGAUCAGCAAGGUUCUCGCUGGACUUUCCAAGCCACACGUAUGGAUGGUGACAUGGGCUCAUGGGACAUUAAACCCGAUCAAUUGCAAGUGUUGAAUCCCUUGUUGAUUUUGGUCUUCAUUCCUUUGUAUGAUGUGGCCUUCUAUCCUGCCUUGAGUUUGAUUGGCAUUCGUCGUCCUUUACAAAAGUUGACUAUGGGUGGUAUUUUGGCUGGUGUGGCGUUUAUCAUUUCUGGUGUUGUAGAAUUAGAAUUGGAGAAAACCUAUCCCACCCUUCCCUCAGACCAUAUCUCACAAUUGCGUAUUUUCAAUGGUGAAGAUUGUGCAUAUACCAUGAUGACGAAUAUACCAAGUGUAGCUGAAAUUAACAUCGAUCGCCAUGGAUACUAUGUGAACAAAAAUAUACCGGUGCCUGGAAGUAAUUUUAAUUUAGAAUACUCGUUUUCCUUAACGGAAGGUCAAAAUUGUCCGGAAUUUGAUGCCGGUGUCUAUCAAAUAAACUCUAAAGAAGCCCAUACCCUGUUUAUGAACUCAAGAAAUGGCAGCACUCCCUUAAUUUGGUACGAGGAUUAUGUGAACAAGCCUUCGCGUGGUAGUCCUUUGGCUAGAACUUUAAGUAAUGUGGAGCCAGGACGUAACAUUGAAUGGAAAUUAACGAAAAAAGGAACCAUAGAAUACGAGGAAACGGCCUAUGUACAAAAUUUGACGGAAUUAUCCACAGGAGACUACAUAAUUACUGUUGAUGGCGUAGAGGCGUAUCAGACCACAUUGCAAACUGGUGGCGUUUACACCCUCAUGAUCGAAGAAGUCGGUAACGGCCAAUACUGGGCAAACAUUUUCAUAGUCACCGAGCCAAAUUCAAUGAACAUUUUGUGGCUGAUUCCACAGUAUGUGGUAAUGACGCUGGGCGAGGUAAUGUUUUCAGUUACCGGUUUGGAGUUCUCCUACUCACAGGCCCCUGUUGCCAUGAAAUCGGUAUUGCAGGCCUGUUGGCUGCUCACUGUGGCCGUGGGCAAUGUGAUUGUCGUCAUCAUUGCCGAGUUGGCCCUCUUCGAUUCGCAGGCCAGUGAAUUCUUCCUGUUCGCCGGUCUUAUGUUCGUCGAUAUGAUACUCUUCAUGUUCAUGGCCUAUCGUUACGUACCCAACGACCCCAAUAAAGUAGCAGAAGCUGAACCCCUGACUGGAAACGAAAAAGAACCCUUGAAGUUGGAAGGUAUUGACAACAAGGCCGUAGACACCAAAGAGUAGAGAUUAUAAGUCAUUUUAGUAACUAGAGAUUAAGUAUGAUAUAUGUGUAAGCUCCAAUUUUACCGGGAGUGCAGAUAAUGAAAAUAUUCGACAAUUAUAAGAAUUUUCUUUCUUUUUUGUAUGAUUAAUAAAAAAGUAAACUAUUUAACACAACUAAGGGCAAUAUAACAUGACAUAAACAUAAGUUUACCGCAAGUGUAUUGAAAUUUUUAAAACAAACAUCCCGCAAAUAUAUUGAAUGUUUACAAAAGUAGUCGAGGUAAAUCAAAA